UGCAAUCUCUCCCGUCGGUCGCAACCACGCGGCGGCCGUUGGCAUUCGUCCACAUGCAGCAAGAGCUCACGCCCCCCGCGACAACAUUUGGCCUGCGCAUUCAAGUGCCGACCCACGACAACCAUUUUCAACGGAUGCUGUACCCGCCACAGACGUCGCCGACCGACGAGUACUCGCCGACGGACGCGCGCGAGAUGGCGCCGUUCCUGCGCAACCUGCGCAACAUGCUCGAGAUGGAGAGCCCGGAAGUGCUGCGAUGGAACAAGGACGGGUCGGCGUUCGAGAUUCACAACAUGGACGAGCUCACGCACACCAUCUUGCCCAAGUACUUCAAGCACAACAAGUACACGAGUUUCCAGCGCCAGCUCAACUACUUUCACUUUAAAAAGUGGACCAAGUCCCGCGCCAACGUGUGCACGUUCUCCAACGACUUUUUCCUCCGCGACGACCCGGACAAGAGCUUGUGGAUCACGCGAAAAAAAGCGCUCGGGGGCAGCCGGUCGGCGUCGUUUGACGAGUCGGUGCCGACGCCGCGCACGGCUGCCGUCAUGGUGGCCGAGGGAUUCGACCCAUGCGACCCGCGCCGACCGACCCCGCAAGAGUUUCUCAUGAAGGACGAUCUCGAGUGGCUCGCCAACUUGGAAACCGUGCCUCUCUCCAACGUCAAAGGCGACUCGGCUGCCCUCGACUGGAUACAGCCGACUCCAUACCCCGACGCAGCCUACCCCGACACGUGGGUCGUCAACGUGUGAAGCUUCCGGUCUCGCAUCGCGGGUCUCGGGACCUCUUUGUUGGCAGUAGUUUGCGUGGCAUUAAUUUAUUCGGGCUCCCCCACUACUUCGUUGGUCGUCGUGAUGCUUAUCCCAUUCGAGGCCGAAAACCAUCGAAAC